UAACGCCUCUCUCUCUCUCUCUCUCUCUCUCUCUCUUCCCCAACCCAAAUCUUGUCACCUGCAAAUCCAAAUUGCAUCGCUGAAAUAACGGAAUCUCUCCUUACCCAAUUUGUCCUUUUACCCUCUUUGUCUAUUUCUCAUUUCUAUAUGCUUCCACUGUCAAUUUUGCACUCGAAUUCGUUUCUUAUUUAAUCAUUGAUCGAGCUAGGGUUCAUUUGUAUUGUUUGAAUAACACAAAUUUGGCUGGUAAUUUGUUUGUAAAUUUGGGGUGAUUAACUAAUGACGUCAGGUUUUGAUCGGUGGGAGAAAGAUCCAUUUUUCCCGGCGGCCGAGGAAGUUCAAGAUUCCGCCGACAGGAUGGAAUCUACACAUCGAACAUGGAUCCACGCCAGGAAAGACGCUUCCAGUAUGUGGGAUCCCGAGGAACUUGGCAGGGAUCUUCGUACAACUCUUGGAACUACCAAAUGGCAGUUGGAGGAGUUUGUACGAGCAGUCAGGUCAAGUUAUGCGAGAAGGUCAUGUGAAGACGCAAGAGACAGGCACCAUCAAUUCAUUGUUGCCAUCGAGGAGCAGGUUUCCAAAAUUGAAAAAUCGUUAAAGGAGGCUGCCCUUUCUGAGGGCAAGGCUACUCAACCUUGGGUGCGUUUGGAUGAAGGGGAGUGCAAUGAACUAGCGUUUUUUCUUUCUGGGCCAUCUGCAUCUGAAGAGAAAGUUAUUGCCAAGGGUAACGACAGGGAUUCUGAAAACCCACGAGUGACAGAUGGAGAUACGGCACCAGGUAGUUCGAAGAACUCAUGUGGUUCAAACGAGCGGGGCUCCCAGAAGACUAGGGAGGAGAAACCACAUGGGCAUAGGAGGACAGCUAGCGCUAGUGCUGACAUUGGUGCCUUGAAGAUUGCAGUUUUCGACGAUGGAUACGUACCAAGUUCUUCUGCUAUGAUGGUUGAGCAUCCUGUACGAAAGAUUCCAAGUAUGUCUGGGUUUCUCAGUUCCAUGGAAACCGCAUCAAAGUUGAAGUGGUCAAAGAAUGGUUUUAGGAAGUGGAAGGCAGUGGACCGUCAUGAAGACGCUGAUGCUGCAUUGUUGCCAUCUACUCAGUUGACCAGGGGCGUCAAUGCUUGCUUUGAAAAAAAUAAGAGUUGUUUGGAUAGUUGCGAUGAAUGUUACGAUAAACCAUUGUAUGGCUGGUACGGAGCUAUUCAAAGACAACUUCAAAGGUCUCAGUACCACAUGCAAUAUAGUUGGCCUGCCCGCAUAGCUCUUUGGAUUGUUAUUCUCCUUUUCUUGAUUGUUUUAAUUGCAUUGCGUGCGAUCUGAGCUGUGGUAGAUCACGACAGCGCAAGGAGAAAUCUGUCAAUCGAUGGACAUAGAAGUAGGAAUAUUGUGUUCAAAUGAAUACUUUAUUUUCACACAUUGUUGAAGUGCCAAGCGGAGAGCACAACCCUAGAGAACCUUGAAAGGAUUCCACUUUUGUUUUUCUGUUUUCCUCCUCCAAUUUUGAUACCUUUGAAGGAGGGAAAACUCUCUUGUAUUAUACUACAAGCAAUAUCAGAGAAAGUCGUAAGCCGAAAGAUAUUCGCAAUGUGCUA